AAACAGCCACCCUUUCCCCCUUCGCUGACAACUAUAGCCGUCAGUCCUGGAAAUCUUGCCUGAGACGACGACAUUACCAUCGUUGGGUAAUCGUUGCCAUCUCGAAUCGUGCCGAAACCCGCCGCGUGGGUGCUGCAGCCCCCUGGCACCUGCAGGAUCAAGGGCACGCGACCGUGCAUUGCGCCGCCAAUUUUCUGUCCAGUGACGUCGGAAAAAGCCAGCCUCUCCCGCAAACACCACAGGAGAGCCGCUUCCGCUCUGAAUCUCUCGCCCACGAAGAGACCCAACACUUUCAAGACAGUGAUUCGACCCCUUUAGCCCAUAGAAGAGGACGAAACCUCCGACGUUGCUGGCCAACAGCGGCCGAACAAUCGCUGCACCCAACAUGGCACUCCACAGCCCAAAGAUUACGACGGGCCCGACCCUACUCGGCAUGCCAUUGAAGCAGGCAUCGCUGCUCACGUUGAUGCUUCAAAACUCGGCUCUAAUUCUAAUCAUGCACUACUCGCGAAUCAUGACCCCGCCAGGCGACCACCGCUACUUUACCUCGACCGCCGUCCUCCUCAACGAGAUCAUCAAGCUUGCGAUAUCCCUGACCUUCUCCAUGCACGAGGUGUCGCGGAGCCUGGCGCCGCAGACGCCCGUGACGGUGCUGUUCGAGCAAAUCUACAACCAGGUGUUUUCGGGCGACGGCUGGAAGCUGGCCAUCCCGGCGGUGCUGUACACGCUGGAGAAUACGCUGCAGUACGCGGCGCUGAGCAACCUGGAUGCCGUGCAUUUUCAGGUGCUGUACCAGUUGAAGAUCAUCACGACAGCCGUUUUCAUGAUCCUCCUGAUGGGAUGCACCUUGGGGAUUAGGCGCUGGCUAUCGCUCAUUGUGCUCACCGCGGGCGUGUCGGUCGUCUCCCUGCCUUCGUCGAACGCCAAAGACUUGACACUGAAUAUCCACGACUUCAGCGACCACUUUUUCCCGCGAUCGAUGCACGAACUAGGGCAGGCUGCCGGCGGCGUUGUGGAGGCUGCCAGAGAGCUGACGAAACGGGGCGUGGAUCAGUUGGUGAGCGAGCUCGCCAAGCGGUCUGCGACAUACGAGGGUAUCGCCGAGGAUCUGGAGGGUGGGCCCAAGAUGAACUACGCCGUCGGGCUGACGGCAGUUCUCGUGGCGGCGGUCGUGUCGGGAUUGACGGGCGUCUACUUUGAGAAGCUGCUCAAGGACUCGAACAGCCCGGCUUCGGUCUGGACAAGGAACAUCCAGCUGUCAUUUUACUCAUUGUUUCCCGCCUUGAUUGGCGUCAUUGUCAACGACGGCAAGGAGAUAGCCAAGCACGGCUUCUUUGAUGGAUACAACAGUGUCGUAUGGAUGGCUAUCGUCCUCCAAGCCAUCGGCGGUAUUCUGGCAUCGCUGUGCAUCAACUACGCCGACAACAUCGCCAAGAACUUCGCCACGAGCAUCAGCAUCGUCGUCAGCUGCCUCUUCAGCCUCAUCUUCUUCGACUUCAAGGUCACCUCAUCCUUCCUGCUCGGCACAACCCUCGUCCUCGGCGCGGCUUAUAUGUACAGCCUCCCCGAGCGCAAGCGCGCCCGGCCGCCGCCCAUAACCAUCGCCAGCUACGAAAAGACCACCGUCGAAGGCACGCCGCGCUAUCUCGACCAGGACAGGCUCUCCGUGAACCCGCUCGAUUCGGCUCGCGGCGCCGCACUCUCUUCGUCGAGGCCUGCGUCGCCGCUGAUGUUUCAUGAGCGCACACCGUCGUCUAGGGGGCGCAAGAUUGAUGAUUGAGACAGGGGGAGGUGAGCGUGGGUUAUGGGCUGGUAGAGGUUCAACAAGCCAAGUUACCAAACCGGAUGCAGAUUCUGUGGGAAUUCACCUGGCUCAGAGCAUGGGUUGCAUGUGAAUCAGGGAGUUUUAGAGGGACGAUCUCUGAGGGUUUCAGGCAUGGGCUAAGACAGGAACGGUUAUGAUCAUGAGGGAUGGGUGCUGGUAUCGUCAGGGGUUAUCAUCUUCGGUGCUGCGUACGACGUUGGGGAAAGUCCGUUGUAGUCGGCCAGGGUGAAGACGGAUAUGGACUAUUAUGACGAGUUUGAGAACAGCUCGUCGAUAUGCAGUGAACUGGAGCAUUUACAUGGAUGGGUCACGGACAGGAGCAUGACAGACCCAGGGGUUUGGGGCCGCGGUGGCGUGUUUGGACAAAACAACGACGGGUGUCAGGUGUUGGACAUACCCUGCGUGUGCGAGCACGGUAGAUGGGUGGCUUCGAAUAGACAAGCGGCCAG